CCCCAACUCUAAACUCUAAAUGAUGACGGGAAGCGAUUUCUGCCUUCAUCCGUCCCGUAGUAAUUCCUGCACGGAGUGGCAAAUUCGUAAUAAUAUCACCCAGAAGUAAAACCAAGUAACCAACGACGGAAUACGUAUAAAUAUUCGCGGGAAACAAACGAAUAAGAAUCCUCCUCAUCCUAAGACAUGCAGACCAAUAAAAACAAAGCUUCCUCAAACCCUCGUUGCUGUUCUUGUUAUUCUUCCAAAAACCAAAUCAAUUCCACUGCGUUUGAAACCCGCAAAUAAUAUACUCAUUGCCUUACUUUUCCCACAAUAAUGGGCUUUAAAUUUCUCUUUCUCACUCGCUGGCUCUUAAUUUGCUCAAGCACAAGUUGGAAGUAUUUCCUCCAACUGCCCUUUGCCGGUUGGUCGGGAACCAGAGUGCCCAUCAAUUUUGUGAAAUGGCAACAGACGGUGCAAAAAGUUUUGCGAGGAGGGACCGUCUCUUGGAGAUUGAGCAGAAGGUUCGAGGCUGGUGGGAGGAGAAAGAUGUUUUCAGGGCUGAACCUGGAAAAGAGCCUCCUAAACCAGAUGAGAAGUUCUUUGGCAACUUUCCAUUUCCUUACAUGAAUGGGUUUUUGCAUCUUGGACAUGCAUUCUCACUGUCCAAGCUUGAAUUUGCUGCUGCCUAUCAUAGAUUAAGGGGUGCGAAUGUGCUCUUGCCAUUUGCUUUUCACUGCACCGGUAUGCCCAUCAAGGCAUCAGCGGAUAAACUUCGUCGGGAGAUUCAGCAGUUUGGUGAUCCACCUGAUUUUGCCAAAGAAGAGGAUGAGCAAUUAAAAUCACAACCAGAACCUGAUGACGCACAUGGAAGUGUACCAGCAGAUAAGUUUAAGGGCAAAAAGUCAAAGGCUGCAUCAAAAUCGGGGGGACAAAUGUUCCAGUGGGAAAUUAUGCGUAGUUAUGGGCUUUCUGAUAGUGAGAUAUCAAAGUUCCAGGAUCCAUACGAAUGGCUGAGGUUCUUUCCUCCCUUAGCCAUGGAAGACCUUAAGGCAUUUGGCUUGGGUUGUGACUGGAGACGCUCCUUUGUCACUACAGAAGUAAACCCAUACUUUGAUUCUUUUGUGCAGUGGCAGAUGAGGAAAUUAAGAUCUAUGGGUAAGAUUGUCAAAGACGUGCGUUACACAAUUUACUCUCCCUUAGAUGGCCAACCAUGUGCAGAUCACGACAGGGCAAUUGGUGAAGGAGUGCAGCCUCAGGAAUACACUGUUGUUAAGAUGGAGGUGUUGCCACCUUUCCCCACCAAACUGGGGCCAUUAGAAGGGAAAAAGGUGUUUCUAGGUGCUGCUACGUUGAGACCUGAGACAAUGUAUGGACAAACAAAUGCCUGGGUCUUGCCUGAUGGUGAAUAUGGAGCUUUUGAAAUCAAUGAAACGGAUGUGUUCAUCAUCACAGAAAGAGCAGCCCUCAACCUUGCCUAUCAAAAUUUCUCAAGGUUCCCUCAGAAACCUAGCUGCUUGGUUGAGCUAAGUGGUUAUGAUUUGAUUGGUCUUCGCUUGAAGUCUCCACUUUCUUUCAAUGAGGUCAUAUAUGCUCUUCCUAUGCUCACUAUUCUGACAGACAAAGGCACUGGGAUAGUGACCAGUGUACCUAGCGAUGCCCCUGAUGAUUACAUGGCAUUGCAAGAUUUGAAAGUAAAACUAGCUUUCAGGGAAAAAUAUGGUGUGAAAGAUGAAUGGUUAAUGCCCUUUGAUAUUGUACCGAUUAUCAAUAUUCCAGAAUUUGGAGAUAGGGCAGCUGAAAAAGUUUGUCUGGAUCUGAAAAUUAAGAGCCAAAAUGAGAAAGAGAAACUUGCUGAAGCAAAGAGGUUAACCUACCUGAGAGGAUUCACAGAGGGGACAAUGCUUGUUGGAGAACUUGCAGGGAGAAAAGUCCAGGAAGCAAAGCCAUUGAUUGGGGCCAAGCUCAUUGAAACAGGUGAGGCGAUUAUGUAUAGCGAACCCGAGAAUAAGGUUGUAUCAAGGUCUGGUGAUGAAUGUGUUGUGGCACUUACUGAUCAAUGGUACAUUACAUAUGGGGAAGAAGAAUGGAAGAAGUUGGCUGAAGAAUGCUUAUCCAAUAUGAAUCUCUACUCUGAUGAGACACGGCAUGGCUUUGAGCACACAUUAAGCUGGUUAAAUCAGUGGGCUUGUUCACGAUCUUUUGGGCUUGGGACUCGCAUUCCCUGGGAUAAAGAUUUCCUUGUUGAAUCCUUGUCUGACUCCACAAUCUACAUGGCUUAUUACACUGUUGCCCAUCUGCUUCAUAAUGAUGACAUCUAUGGCACAAACAAGUCUCAUUCUGUUCAGCCUGCUCAAAUGACUGAUGAGGUCUGGAAUUUUAUCAUCUGCGGUGGUCCAUACCCCAAAUCAUCUACUAUAUCUUCAUCCAUACUUGACAAGAUGAAGCAGGAAUUUGAAUAUUGGUACCCAUUUGAUCUUCGAGUUUCUGGUAAGGACCUCAUACAGAAUCAUUUGACAUUCAGCAUUUACAACCAUACAGCAAUCAUGCAGAAGCACCACUGGCCUCGUGGAUUUAGGUGUAAUGGGCACAUUAUGCUCAAUUCUGAAAAGAUGAGCAAGUCUACAGGAAAUUUUAGGACAAUCCGCCAGGCUAUUGAGGAAUUCUCUGCCGAUGCAACUAGAUUCUCUCUCGCUGAUGCUGGGGAUGGUGUUGAUGAUGCGAACUUCGUAUUUGAAACUUCAAAUGCUGCAAUCCUCCGCCUCACUAAAGAGAUUUCAUGGAUGGAAGAGAUUCUAGCUGCGGAAUCAUCUCUGAGAACAGGUCCCCCAUCUACUUAUGCUGAUCAAGUGUUUGUAAAUGAGAUAAAUAUUGCAGUCAGAAUGACCGAGAAAAACUACCGGGAUUACAUGUUUAGAGAAGCUCUGAAAACUGGAUUUUAUGAUUUGCAAGCUGCCAGAGAUGAGUACAGGUUCUCAUGUGGCAGUGGGGGCAUGAACCGUGACUUGGUAUGGCGAUUUAUGGAUGUUCAGACUCGGCUUCUUACUCCUAUCUGUCCACACUAUGCAGAAUAUGUUUGGAGAGAGCUUUUGAAGAAGGAUGGAUUUGUGGUGAAUUCAGGCUGGCCGACAGCUAAUUCUCCUGAUCUAACUUUGAAGGCUGCCAACAAGUACUUGCAGGACUCAAUUGCUCUGAUGAGGAAGCUGCUUCAAAAACAACUCCUAGGUUCAAAGAAGGCCAAUAAGGAUGGAGCUCCAGUUGCAACGCUGACUGAAGACAAGAUAACAGGUUUAAUAUAUGUGAACGAGCAAUUUAAUGGAUGGAAGGCAGAAUGCUUGAGGAUACUUCAAAGCAAAUUUGACCACAAGACCUGUGCUUUUGCCCCUGAUGAAGAGAUAAUGGAGGCACUAAAGAAUAGUUCUAUUGGCCAGGCCACAAAUUUUAAAGAUAUGCAAAAAUUUUGUAUGCCUUUCUUGAGGUUCAAGAAGGAUGAGGCCAUUGCACUUGGGGCUAAGGCCUUGGAUCUGAGGCUACCUUUUGGAGAGAUUGAGAUCCUUCAGGAGAACUUGGACUUGAUUAAGAGACAAAUUGGUCUUGAAGAGGUGGAAGUAUUGUCUGUGGCUGACCCUGAUUCGUUUGCUAAAGCUGGUUCUUAUGUGUCACUGCUGAAUCAGAAUCCUCCUUCUCCUGGUGACCCAACUGCAAUCUUCUUGAUCAGAUAACUAUCUGAUGGGUUGAUCCCCAUAGAAGCUCAAUAAUCGUUAAGUCUCGUGCAGUGUUGAGAUUUGUCAGAUUCCAAACGGGAAUACCUGAUAAUUAUGCUUUUCUGCACUGGUGCUCUGGUGCUUCAAUAAAGGAUGCAUGAUGCAUCUUUCAACUCCAACUGUCACCUGCCAUUUUUUACAUGGUGUAGUAGUGAUUCUGUUUGUCCAACUUCACUGUAGGCUUUAUUGGUAUUGGUCUUGGUCUUGUCUGAACGUGCUUUGCGGACAGCUUCCUGGAUUUGUUUCUCGUGCUGUUUGAGCAUCUCAUCAAUGUUUCCUCCUGCAGUCAUCAAUGGUCCGGAGUAAUGCAUCUGACCUUUCUUUUGAAAGUAACCCUGAGGUGACAAGCAAAUGCAAAGUGGUAAGUAUAAAACUCCAAAAUCUCAAAGGCAAGACAGAUAAAAAGACACAAGGCAAAUAGCUGUGCUGUUUAAAAAAAUUGUGAAAAUUGUUGGGUUUUAAACUGCACAGUUUGAAGUUAUGCGAAUUUUAUAUAUGUGAUCUGAAAUUGAAUUUGUAAGUCCAGUUCCAAGAGAAAGUAUAUUAGAAGUCAGGGCCAUUGUGGCCUUUUUUUCAACUUCAACUGAAUCAAACAGGAACAGUGCUGAGAACAAGAGCAUAAGAUUGAAGUACACAUAUACUAUUUCAGAAAUUCCCUUACCGUUGCAGACUCUAAACCAGAUGGCCGACCCUCCUUGUUUGAGAACUUUGGCCUACUCAGUAAAUGGUGGGAGGAAUCAUCCAGGUGGUUAUAUCGUGGAUCAAAACGAUCCUCUUUCCAGUGUGGAUUCACUGUAGUUGCACAGCUGCUAUCCAAUUGUGAACUGCCUCUAACUGCAACAGAAUUAGAAAAUCUGGACAAAUGGGCUGCUCCCCGAUGAAUGAAAGAUCUCUGAGUUCUUGGCUCUUCGGUAUUCCUAGGAGAAACAAAUGCUUGGCUGGGAGCUCCAAGAGUCUCACUUUCAUUAACAUUCAUACCACGUGACGAUCCAAAGUUUGUAGGAUGCAUGGACUGCCCUGAAUGGGAGUAGACAUGUUUUGCUGUUCCUUCAGGAGGCUCAACAGGUAAGUCAGAACCAUCUUCUUGGGGAUUGUACUGUUCACUGAUGCUUUUAGGUUUAGACUGCCCUUUUCGCUUCUGUAUUGACAUGAAACAUAGAUAAUUCAUGAACCAGAAAACUAAUUCUUCAUAAA